GCCGAGAGAAACCAAAGGAGCUAAAGCCAGCAGUUGCUGCACGUGUUUUUGAUACAGUAAACGUAUAAGCACAGUUGUACUGUAAAUUUGACAAUUUGGAAUCUCAAACAUAACUUAUCAAAAUGCCGAAGGUUAAAGCUGAGAAAAAAUCUCGACAACACCAGGAGGUGAAGAGUCAAGGAAUUAUGUUCAAUACUGGUAUUGGUCAGCAUAUUUUAAAAAAUCCAUUGGUUGUCAACGGCAUCAUAGAGAAGGCAGCAUUGCGACCAACAGAUGUGGUUCUGGAAGUUGGUCCUGGAACUGGUAACAUGACUGUCAAACUUCUGGAGAAAGCCAAGAAAGUGGUUGCAUGUGAGUUGGACACCAGGCUUGUUGCUGAGCUUCAAAAACGAGUCCAGUGCACUCCAAUGCAAAACAAGCUUCAGAUCCUCAUAGGAGACGUCCUCAAGACAGAGCUCCCCUUUUUUGAUGUCUGCGUGGCUAACUUGCCAUAUCAGAUAUCAUCACCUUUCGUGUUCAAGCUGUUACUUCACAGGCCGUUUUUUAGGUGUGCUGUGCUGAUGUUUCAGAGGGAAUUUGCCAUGCGGUUGGUGGCUAAACCUGGAGACAAGCUAUACUGCAGGCUGUCCAUCAACACACAGCUCCUAGCCCGUGUGGACCACCUCAUGAAGGUGGGAAAGAAUAAUUUCAGACCACCUCCAAAAGUAGAGUCCAGCGUGGUGAGGAUAGAGCCCAAAAAUCCUCCACCGCCUAUCAACUUCCAGGAAUGGGAUGGUCUUGUCAGAAUUGCAUUUGUCCGAAAGAACAAAACACUCAGUGCUGCCUUCAAGUCUGCUGCGGUUGAACAGUUAUUGGAGAAGAACUACAGAAUCCAUUGCUCCGUGCACAACAUGGAAAUACAACAGGAUUUCAACAUUGCUCAGAAAAUUGAAAGCAUCCUUCAAGAGUCGAAGUUUAGCGACAAGAGGGCACGUUCCAUGGAUAUAGAUGAUUUCAUGGUGCUUCUUCAUGCAUUCAACUCCGCUGGGAUACACUUCUCCUAAGACAGCUACUAGGUUGACAGGAAGUGGUCACAAUAUUCUCCUAUUUUGUUGAUGCUAUGUGAAGAAAUGAAUGAUAUUUCUUUUCAAUGGACAUGCAAUGGGACAUCUAAUCACUCAGGCUGGAAAUGUUUUGUGCCUUUCCUGAAUCAGGAAGUAUUUACAAACUUUAUUCAGAGUUAAAACUAGUGACUAGUGUUAAGAGGUUUUGAAGAGGACAUCUUGGGUUUUUGUAACUUGUCUUUAUGUACUCACUCUGCAGUUCUGAGUACACCAGUUUACUCUUCAUAUAACUGAGGUUGUCAUAAAGAAUAUUAAACUUCAUCCCCAUCAGUCUCAGCACUGCACACACAACAUACUAUCCCGCCACUGUGUACUGCUCAAUACUGAACUGUCAAACUGAGAAAUUAUAAACUGCUAACACUUCACAAUAAGGUUCAGUUGGUUAACUGUACCAACUGUAUCAGGUGUCAUGAACUAAUUGAUGGCGUUUUUACAGCAUUUUGUAUCUAGCUUAAUGUUAAUUUAUAAAUAUAGUAAUUGUUAAUUUAGUAAACUUGGAUUAGUGUAUAUAUAAAAAUUAACCUAAGUUAAUAAAUGGUGUAAAAGUAUUAUUCAUUAUUUGGCCAUGCUAGCUAUUGGAUUAAUGUUAACCACUUGGAACUUAUUUUCAAGUGUUACCUAGAAAUUUUUAUUAAUAUUCUACCAACAGUUAAGGUAAUAAGGUUACUGGUAUGUAAUCUUUG